AUGGCGCCUUGGCCAGGGGCCGGCGCGUGCAUCUGUGGGCGCCCCCUCGGCCAGGACCAGAGGGCGGCGGGCCGCGGCGCGGGGCCGGGCCCGGGGAGGAGGGCGCUGCGCGGGCGGCGGGACGAGGCGACGGGCCGGGCACUGGCGGCCCUGCAGCUCGAGACGGACAGUGGCGCCGGGCACGACGCCGAGGGCUCCAGCAUGCCCGAGCAGCAGGGGGCGGUCAAGCACUCCGCGGACUACAAUUACCAGGUCGAUGACUUUCAGAUGGCCGGGUCCAGGUCUGGAUACCUCAACUUUAUCAAGAAGUACCCUUGCACUCGCUCGCCUGGUCCGGAUGGGUUCCCGAAGAAGUUCGAUUGGAUUAUCCACACGAAGCGGGACAUCCAGAACGUCAGCAAAGGCAAGAACCCGUACGCUGUCUUCUCAUCAAUGGAUCUCCAGGCUGUCCCAGCGAUGUUAACAGUGCUGGAGACGAAGUGGCCCCAGAACAAGAGGAAACGAGUCGCCUAUUUCACGGGAGACAUGAUGCUUAGUAGGUUGGACAAGAAUUUCGGCAAGGGCACCUUGCAGAGGCUGCGUGCUGCCUUUCCCGGCGGCAUCUGGUGGCAGGCAUACGACGUUCGGCGGCCUGGGUUCAAGGUUGCACCAGACGGCCUGAACGGCAUGUACCUGCUGCCCGUGUGGGACGUCGCCGAGAAGGCCAUUGGCUCUGCCACCUUGGAGGGCAAGUCGAAGGGGGUGCUGGCUGCCUGGGGCAAGUUCCAUCCAAACUUGGACGCCCAGGUCCCAGCGCGCAGGAAGCUGCAUGAGUGGGUGGGCACCCCAGGGUCGAUUGCCGCCGGUGUCGAGCACGCCUCCUUCGAGCCGAGGGAGUACUGGUCGGAGCUUGCCAAGUACAGGUUCACCCUCUCCCCACGUGGAGGGGGCAUCCAGUCACCGAAGAAUGACGAGGCGUUGCUCGUGCUCACCAUCCCCAUCUCCACCCGCGAGGGUUCUGCCCGGGGCUUCAAGACGGAGCCGGCCUUCGACGACCUGAAGAAGUUGGGGUGGCCCAUGGUCGUGCUCGACCAGUGGUCGGAGAUCACGAAGCCCAAGCUCGACGAGUGGUGGGACGAGCUCUCCCCGAGGCUCGUCAGCUUCCGAAAGAACUGCCUCACCACGGAGGGCUUCUGGAGGAUCGUCACCGGGCAGGUGGCCUACUGCGAGUGA